AGAGAGAGGAAGAAGGAACAAACAGAUGAAAGAGCUCUUUCUGCAUCAAAUGCGCUCCUCUCUCUCUCUCUCUCUUCAGGCCAACGAAUCCUUCCUAUUUCGUGGUUCUCUCGCGCGCUCUUCUCCUCCCUUUACCGGUCAAACCGCCCUCCCCUUCUCUUUCUCUCGUUUUUUGGAGAGAGCAGAGAGAUCUGUUGGGGGAAUUGUGGGUUUCCCCAAAGGCAGAGAAAGAAGAUUGAUAGAGCUCUGUCUCUUGUACGUUUGCCUCCCCUGCUGUAUCCGUGUCGAAGAGGACCGAUCAUUAGAUAGUCUGCUAAAGCCUCUCCCUCCUCUCCUUUUCCUUUUGCCGAUCUUACAGGAUUUCAAGCUGAAUCAAGCAAAAGACCGACUUGUUCAUGGCUGGGACAGAGGACAAUAGCUCCACAAUCGAAUACUGGCCACCUCCAAACUCCGGCUCAAGAACCCUAUCGAACUCUUCGAAUGAGGAAUUUGGUUCGAAGUCACUCUCAAUUUUCUUGGCAGAGAAUGGAAAUGUGGGGCCUUCAUGGAAAUCUGAAACCCAAAGUAUGGGCCCAAGCACAAAAGCAGAAGAGGGUGAGGCUGGCGUCAAUGACUCGAAUGAAUUCUCACUGCAAUCCAAAUUGUUCGGUGCUCCCAUAUCAAGCUCUUCUGGAGGACUUGCUGAGAGGAUGGCCACAAGAAAAGGGUUUAAUGUGCCCAAGCUUGACACAGCUGGUAUUCCACCGGCCAGCAUGGCUUCACACUCAGAUAUCCAGUCCCCUUAUUUGACGAUUCCGCCGGGUCUUAGUCCUACCAUGUUGUUGGAGUCUCCGGUUUUUCUUGCUGAUCCUAUGGCUCAACUCUCUCCGACUACAGGCAAGUUCCAGUUUGGAGAAAAUGUUGCUUCAAACCCAAUCCUGGUCUCAGAUUCAUCAGACCCUACUAAAAGUGAAGAUGACCUAUUUGAAGACAUUCCAGAAGCAUUUGCCUUUAAGCCUCCUCCAGAAUCACACUUAAAUCUUUCAAGCUCUGAAACAAAGCAGCAGGAGUUACCAAGCAUGGAAGUGUCAACCGGACCAGAAAAGCCUACACAAUCAAUAAGUAUAGAAGCUGGCAGUGUGAACUUCCAGAAUCAACAUGAUAUCCAUCUUCAGGCUGGUUUUUCUUUCCCACCUGACAGAAAAGAUAUCAACAAUAAUAUUCUGUUAAACCAGAGAAUGAGUGACUCAUUAGUGGCAAGUCACCAUUCUCCGGCCGUCGAUGACCAGGAGGAUGGGGAUGCUGAUCUAAGAGGAGAACUUUCUACAACUGUUGGCACUCCAGCUGAGGAUGGUUACAAUUGGAGAAAAUAUGGGCAGAAACAGGUAAAGGGUAGCGAAUAUCCGAGAAGCUAUUACAAAUGCACUCACCCAAAUUGUCUGGUGAAGAAGAAGGUGGAGCGCUCUCACGAAGGCCAUAUCACUGAGAUAGUCUACAAGAGUGCCCACAAUCACCCAAAACCCCAUGUAAAUCGCCGGUCUGGAGUUCCUUCAUCUCACCCAUUCAAUGACCCUCAGAUUAAUGAAUCGGAACAACCUGGUUCACAAACAAGUUUAGAUGGCAAGCCUGUAAAAGGAAGCUCACAAAGUGGUAAUGGAGGCCAAGAAUGGUUGGGGGAUGGUCUGGAGGCAACUUCAUCUGCACCUGUUGCUGCUGAAUGCCGUGACCCUUCUAACGCCUUGCAACGGAUUCAAGAUGGUACUCAUUUAUCCCCUGAUGUUGUUGGUGUUUCAUCCACAUUGUCCAAUGAUGAAGAAGAGGACGAUCGAGCAACCCAUGGCAGUGUCUCACUUGGUUGUGACGGCGAGGGAGAUGAGACUGAGUCAAAAAGAAGGAAGCUGGAUGCUUGUGCUAUUGAAAUGAGUGCAGCUUCAAGAGCAGUUCGUGAACCAAGAGUGGUCGUUCAGACAACCAGUGAGAUUGACAUACUGGAUGAUGGGUAUCGUUGGCGCAAGUAUGGACAAAAGGUUGUCAAAGGAAAUCCAAACCCAAGGAGUUAUUAUAAGUGCACCAAUCCAGGGUGCAUGGUUCGGAAGCACAUAGAGAGAGCCUCACACGAUCUCAAGUCAGUGAUUACGACAUAUGAAGGAAAGCAUAAUCAUGAUGUCCCAGCAGCAAGAAGCAACAGUCACAUAAACUCUGCUCCCUCCAACACAGCACCCAUCUCAGCUCCUCAACCGCAUAUCCUUCAACAAAGACCUGAGCCAACCCAAGACUGCUUUGUGAGGUUUGAUGGCCACACAGCUCUGAAUGCAUUUAACUUCCCGGGAAGAGAACAAUUAGGAUCAACAACCAGCUUCCCUUUUGCAUUGGGACAACCAGGCUUGACAAACCUUACUAUGGCUGGACUGGGUCCGAUGGCCGCAAUGAAGAUGUCUGUUAUGCCUCCAGUUCACCCUUAUCUGGCUCAUCUCCAGCCUACUGAAGCAGGAUAUAUGAUACCUAAACUUGAGCCCAAGGAGGAAACUGUGCCAGAUUCAGUGCUGUCCAUGUCAAAUGCGGCUUCGGUUUAUCACCAGAUGAUGAGCAGGCUGCAACUACGACCGCAGCUGUAAAUAACAGAAGGAAAGAUGAUUUCUUCUCUGGACACUCGAGAAGAAAAGAUCAUUCUUUCUCUUUGUUCUUUCAAUAUAGUUUUUUAAGUUCUUUCUAUUAUAGCAUUCAGUUAGCUUUGUUUCCGUCGUGGCAAGAUAUCGAAAAGUUGAGGUUUGAUAUUUUGAUUCAUUUGGACUUGUUUUCACAUUGUGUUUCUCAAAGAAAAAACAUGGGAAUUAUGAUA